UUAGUGAUAUUGCUGGAAUAUUGCUAAAAGCGGCGUAAAACCAAACUCACUCACUAACUUACUGACGUGCGCUUUGUGCAUAAUAAAACUUUUUGCAUGCUUUUUGACGCCUGUAGUUCACACACCUGACACUGAAACCUACAUAAAGGUUGAUUAGUAAAUGCAAUUCCAAUCUAAAAGUCUAAAUUUUCUUUGAAAGUUUACCCCCACAGGAGGACAAUAAUUUUACAAUACUUCAACCCUGACGAAUAGAAGUGCAAAAUGUGAGUUAAAGCAUAUGCUUUUUGUUUGAAAGGUGAUGAUGGCCCCAAACUCUCCGAUACGCUGCUUGACACUGCUCUUGUUCUUCCUGAUCCAUAUACCAAAUGGUGCGCCUGAAUUAAUCUGUCCUCGUGUUGGGUAUCUUGGUUCUCCUGCUACCCUGACCUGCAUCGUACCCAGUGAUGAAACGUCAUAUGGAUAUACAACAUCGCAGGGUGAAGCUGCUGCCAUCUGUAAUGUAUGGAGUUCAUCCUGUACAACUUCUGGUGACUACAUGGCGUCUACCAUCAACCAGACACACAACCUCCUCACCAUACCUGCAGUACAACCAGCACAUGCAGGGGAGUGGAGAUGUCACAACUCGCCCUGUAACCUCAUAGUUGUCAAACUGCCCGUCUGUGCCAUGACACAUCACGUCACUGACCCUGACACUGCUGAGGGGGUAUCACUGGGAGUAAACAUCAAGGGGUAUUACUGCUCUGAGUUGGCUCAACUGAAAAUAUACACAGGGGAAAACGUUUUGGAAUAUCCUAAUGAAACAGUCACAAACAUAACCGAUAAAACGGUACGCAUCAACAAGACCGACGCCGGCAUUGGGACGGGACUGACUUUCACCUGCGGUGACCACAGAUGGAAUAUGUCCUGUAUCCUGGCCAGCAGAGAGGGGCAAACUCACAUAACUAGCUAUGGAGCGACAUCACCACCAAUACAAGAGGAUUGUGGGACAAGGAACGCAAAAGUUCUGUUGAGUGGAAUUGGAAUCGGAUCCGGAAUCACCAUAUUGAUGUUUGGCAUUUGUCUGGGAAUUGCUGUUAUUUACAGGAAACGAGCAAUCGUUUUACAGGUUCAGGCCUCCGAGGUUCAACAAGGCAUCGCAGUGCCAGUACCAGAAGGUGAGGGCUAUCUGACCCCGCGUGCAACCAGCGACAACACUUCUGGCACAGAUGAGCUUCACCUGGAACAAACACAACAGAACAAUUACACAGAACUUGAAGGACGUCGUGAUGGAGCCUUCAACCAGUACGAACAGAUGAGAAUAUAUCACGAAAUUUGAACUGUCAGAAAAGGACCGACUGUUGCGUUCUCGUCAGUAAGAGCAGCUGACAAUAUAUCACGAAAUCCGAAUUCGUUGUAAGACCCGAAGAGAACUGGUCUUCAGAGUGAGUGUGUAUGCUUUUACGCUGCUUUUAGCAAUAUUCCAGCAAUAUCACGACAGGGGAAACCAAAAAUAGACGUCAUUAAUUGUACCCAUGAGGGGAAUCGAACCCCGAUCUUCGGCGUGACGAGCGAACGCUUUAACCACUGGGCUACACCACCCCCCUGGUCAGAAACCCAUGCUUGUCGUAGGAGGCGACUAACGACCACAUUCGUACGAAAUCUGUGACGAAAGCAGCGUCGAUUGUACAAUUGUGUCUAUAUCAUGUGCAGAUAUUUGUUUCAGCAGUUUUAUAGCUCUCGGAUAUUGUUUGUGCACAAAUCGUGUGUGUAAUUUCUUCGUUGAACAACAAGCAAACCAAACAUGUCCCAGUACAUUGUCUGAUUGGAGCAAACUCAAAUCAUGUAUUAAGAAACAUUGUUAUAAAUAUGUAAACAAGACAAGUGUAAUUAAAAUCAUGUGAAAC